AUGACCAGAUAUAACAAUUACAACGACUGGGACGAUGACAACGAGGAGCUCGAUGAACUCGACGAGCUGGAAGAGCUCGACGACAUAAUGGAAGCAACCGGUUCCAGCGACUCCGAGCGCAAGGACUACGCUCCGCGCGGCUCCAUCUGUGAUGUCUACAAUCUCUACCAGACCAAGCCUGACGCGUGUGGCCAAACAUCGUGGUCGAAGAAACCCCAGAAGAUGGACGCUCCUGUGGAGAACUCCGAAUCAAGCGAGUACGCCCUCAUCGUCCGCAAUGUCAAGUGCUACGACGGCCGUCGCAGCCUCAACAUCUACUCCAUCGUUGUCCAGAGCGCACUCCUCAAGACCUUCCUCGAGGACCUCUUUGAGGGAUACCCCGGGGUGACGGUGACGCUCGAGCGCCUCGAGUUCAAACGGCCGUUUAAACCCUUCGUCCACCGGUGGGAGAGCUUCGUGCAGGCUCGCGACAAGGUGACCGACGCCACGACCAAGGCCCACGUCGACCUGCUCUAUCGAGUGUUGGAGGAGGAGCUGGGUGAGGUGAUUGCCCGCAAGAACGACCUGAUCCAGAACGGCGUGAUCACGCACGACCUGGUAUGGACACUCUUCGAGCCGGACGCGGUCGUGUACACGCACGCAACUGGCCACGAGCAGGCCCUCAAGUUCACCGCAGGCACUUCCAACAACAGCGCGGGAUUCCUAGUGGCCGCCAGCUCUAUCGACUACAAUGGUCAGCAAUUCGGCUUCCGAGGAGAGAGCAUAGACAUUCCCAUGUACGAGGGAACCGUGCCCAUCACCUCGCUGCCUGUGUACCCGCUGCAGUACCACCCCGAAGAAGCCGCGACCCGACAGCGCCUGAUCGCUCGGGGUGCGCGCUGGGAGCAGCUCAAAGGCUACCAUUACAAGCAGUAUGAGGGCCCUUCCACCACCAGCUUCUUGAACAGGACGGUCAACUUCAGGACGCAGACCCGCAUUAUCAUCGAUGCCGAGGCCUACUGCACAUUUGGGCCGGUCAGGGGCACCCGCGUGUUCGCACCGUUCUCAGACGAACUGGACGACGCGGGCCGCCUGCUAGCUACGCCCACCGUGCGCGGCUACUCGCUGGCGAACAAGAAGUGGGCCGAAUUUAACCUCGAUGGCGUGCGGGAGAUCGAGUGGAAUCCCCGUGCGUUUGACUCGCUGGUCCUGCCACAAGGACAGCAGCAUCUGAAACAGCUGGUUCUGGCCUGUGCCACGGCGCAGUCUAAGCGUCGGGAUACCUUCGACGAUGUAGUCCCCGGCAAAGGCCGCGGCAUCAUCCUGCAACUCAGCGGGCCGCCCGGUGUUGGCAAGACACUGACGGCGGAGAGCGUGGCUGAGACGAUGCGUGUGCCGCUGUAUGCGCUCAGCGCCGAAGAUCUGGGCACCGAGGCCAUGGACGUGGAAGCAAACUUGAAGAACAUCCUACAAAUGGUCCCCAAAUGGGGCGCGGUUCUCUUGCUGGACGAGGCGGAUGUGUUCAUGGAGCCGCGCGACUCGGCUGACCUGGGUCGCAACGCGCUCGUGUCUAUCUUCUUGCGAAUGCUGGAGUACUACGAGGGUAUUCUGUUCCUCACUACCAACCGCGCGGAUCAUAUCGAUCCGGCGUUUGAGUCCCGCAUCCAUGUGUCGCUGCGUUAUUCUGAGCUGGACGCGGCUGCCCGGCGCCAGAUCUGGGCUCAGUUCGUGGGCCAGCACAGUGGGUUCACAGAGGACCAGCUGGACGACAUCGCCACCGAGCGUCUGAACGGAAGAGAGAUCAAGAAUGUGAUCAAGACGGCGCAUCUUUUGGCACUGGCGCAGGAGUCGGAGCUGAAGUACGAGCAUGUGGAUGCUGUUCUGAGCCUGCGAGCGUUCAAUCCAGUAUAG